AUGGCAGACUCUGGCUGGAUGCGGCUUCUUCCAGGCCAGCGAUGCCACACUCCAGUUUCCCCCUUGACUCCCUACGAUCCAGCCGCAAUCGAAGACACCUUUGAAGCGAACCAUCUAAGAAUUGCUCCACGCCCCUUGGCUGGAUUCUACCACUCAUCUGCGGAAUCUGGAAACGAUAUCCUUAUGAAGGAGGCUGAUAGACUCCAGAACGCGCCUUCUGUGGACGAAAUGGCCGAUGUGUUGCGAACCACCAUCAUGGUAUCUUCGACGCCGCCGACGCUGGGGCCCCAGUAUACGUCGUAUGUGCUCCAUCUCAUCGAGGGCUACAGCAAAGUCCGGGCAAAGCUGUCCAAGAAGGAGAAAGAAGUCGUCCAGCUGGAAGCAACGCGGCAAGAGGACAAGGAGCGGAGCAAAGCUCUUGUUUCCGACUGGGCAGCCCAAGAGGCGCGAUACAAGGCUGAGAUCAAGCGGCUGGAGCUCAUCAUUCAAAAGGUUUCUAGGAAAGGCGUUGAAGCGGUGGCACUGGCUCGAUCUGGCAGUCUCAUCCGGAGAGGUGGGCAUGAGGUAGAGGCAAACGGGUUUGAGAUGGUGGAUUCGGUGGAAUCUCGCGUUGGCGAAUAUGAUCUUGAGUCUCCUUGCCUUCAGGGUAAGGUUGGUCAAGGCAGGAGAACGUCUUCGUCUAGCGACACCGUCGAUUUGGCAGCCCGCUUGAACACAAAAAGGCAGCUCUGGAGACAUCGUUCGGAGAACAACCUUCUGGAGCCAUCACGAAAAGGCAGAGUUGGCCGUGGAGAACACAGACACGGCCAACGCUUAUCACAUUUGACAUUACCCCAAAUGCUCUUUGCAGUAGACACUGAAAAACUCGAGCCAGAUGAGGAUGGCAGCGCACCAUGUGAGGAACGCCCGAUCACGAGUGUCACGGCUGAUGCUGAAGAAACAGCUCUGCAAUGA